UCGGCGGCCAAGUGGAGAUUGGGCGUUUGCCAUCGUUUGGUGCCGCGUACAAUCGGCCCCGGGAAUUUUGUCUAUACGGGCUUGCAACAGGGCGUCGCCGGUUAACCCAGACGCUUUUAGGAAACAUAUCCAUGGCAGGCAGCCGUGGUGGCAUAGUCGUGAAGAGUGCAUACUUACAACUGCUCGCCAUACCAGGUUUAUGAAUUGUCCCUGCAAGGAACCUGACAAGGUAAAAGUACUGUUGUAACCUUAGGGUCAAUCGGUUACAGGACAACUUGGACCAAUCACAUUGCAUUUUGUUGCCGAGAUAUUGGGACCGCCGCAACAUCAAAUUCUCUGACAUCCUAUAUACUAUCUGUGGACAGCAGAGAACAUCUCCAGUUGGCGGCAUGAUAUCUGUAAGAUACUCAGGUUUCUUUUGGGAUUUAUAUCUUUGUCUUUACUUCCUCCUUUCGCCUAUAUUUUGAAUUGGCUUCCAUUGGAUGCCCAGCUUAUGAUCCUUAAAUCUAUCUGUCUUGAAAAAAUAUUUUUCAUAUAUUUAAUAUACCAAGGCUAAAGAGCUUCAAAUUAACCAACCCGGAUCUCACGUAUAUAUUUGUUGUAUACUCUCUUCUUCCUUUUUAUUUGCUAUUUUUAUUUUUAUUAUUAUUAUUUUAUCUCUAUUUAUUCUAGGGGUCAUUCAGCCGCCAUUGCGGACAUCGUGUUGCUUCCGAGCCUAGUUGCAUGCGCGGAUUCUCCAAGCCGCUUCUGUUUUAUAUACCUAAACAUUUUCAUGUUUUUAAAAUUUCACCAGCGUCCAGAUUUCUGAAAUAAAAACAAUGGCCUCGCCUCCAAAUACAAAGCGCCCGCCGAAACCCGGGAAUGGGCCAAGGACCAAAGGAAUGUCAAAGCAACUGCCCAUGGCACCAUCGCAAAGAGUGCGGCAAAAUAGGCCUUCCUACCAGCCCGCUCCAGCGCAGGCCGCACCACCGCGUGCCAGAUCAAUAAACCCAAAGGGCUUGACUGUAUGCGCAGUUGCCGCAUUCUUCUUUUCGACGUAUGGAACCUAUCUCUACGUAACCUACGACAGAACAGUGAAACAGUCCAAAACACUUUCCGUGCCCGACGACGUGUCGGAUCGGUACCACCAAACCGCUCCCACCUACGAUGCAGAGGUAGAAAUGGCAGAGCGGAUCAUGCGCGUCGGCAAGAAGAGAGAGGAGCUGGUUAGGAGAGCGCGUGGCAACGUGCUGGAGGUUGCCUGUGGCACGGGGCGAAAUAUGCAAUACUAUUCCCUGGGGGAGAAACGCGGAACGGACAAGAAGGGCAAAGCUGAGAUUCAGGGAUGCAGGUCUGUCACAUUCGUAGACCAAAGCCCCCAAAUGGUGGAGAUCGCCAGAGAGAAGUUUGAAAAGAUGUAUCCGCGCUUCAAAUUGGCUGCGUUUUGGGCACAGGAUGCUAUGACCCCUAUUCCGGCCCCACCACAUACAGCUGCACUACAGCUUUCACGGCAUAGCAGCGUCGAUAGCAGUAACAACGAUGUCAAAGAUAGUAAGGCCAUAAGCUUACAGACCCCCGAAAUAUGCGCUCAACAACAAUCUGGCAAGUUCGACACCGUCAUCCAGACAAUGGGUCUCUGCUCCCUCCCCGACCCUGUGUCCUACCUUACUCAUCUUGGGACACUAGUCGAGCCUGAGCGCGGGGAGAUUCUCUUGCUAGAGCACGGCCGCUCACACUACCGUUGGCUCAACAAACUCCUUGAUGAUCUCGCAGCUGCCCAUGCUGAUCGACAUGGGUGCUGGUGGAAUCGCGAUAUAGGGGAGAUUGUGCGACAGAGCGGGUUGGAGAUCGUAGAGUCGAAGCGGUGGCAUUUGGGAACGACGUGGAAGUUCGUUUUGCGGCCCAAGAAGAAGGCCAGCGAAGGCAAGGAGGAGAGAGAAAAUGAGGAUGGAGGUGACAAAUCUGUAACGGGAUGGUUUGGUUGGGGAACGAGGAAGUUAUGAUGCGCUGUUGAACCUUCAGGUCUUGAGGGUGUUCUGUUGCGUUUAUGUGAUAUGCUUGCUAGCCAUUGGACUUACCAACUGAAUAUGUAGAAUUCAGCUCUUCCUUUCGCCUUGGAAUUGUUUUUUUUUUCUUAAACCCUACACCUGGCAUAUAUAGAUAUGUAUUUUACGUACCUGCUGAGAUGCUUCCUACUUAGAUAUUCUACUAAAGAAUGUACGGCUGUAUACGUAGCGUACGGGGAAGGGUACGGAGUUACCCAUGUAUUGAAAUAUAGCUUCCACGAACUUCCAAAGGACCACCAAGAAGGAAAAAAGAAAAAGAAAAAGAAAAAAGAAGGAAAGGAAAGGAAAAGAA